AUGAGUGACCCCCACACAUCAGUCGUUGGAUCGACUCCCCCGCUGAGCGUCGACACCUCCCCCGCUGGGCGUCGACACCUCCCCCAUCACAUCAAACACUGUAUCGACCAAUCAGAGGGCUUCAGUCUGACUCCCAGCACAAAGUCUAUCCUCCCAUCUCCGUGGUGUGUCCUGCCCUCGGUGGGACCCAGGCUGCAGGGCGUGUUCCGAGGGCUUGCCUCUGUGUCGGAUCUGGUACAUCAACGUCGAACAGCGAUGAAGAAGAAGAGUGAUGAGGUGCGAACAUCUGCGACAGACUCAAACCUCCUCGUUUAUCAUCCUCCCGUCUCCAGAUCUACGACCGCCAUCGCUCUGACUCCGCUGAGCGACUUCUGCCACCUCUGA